AUGAUGCGGGACAUGACGUAGUGGGGAAUCCCCCGAAUACACAGAAUUUGUUGCGCAUGCGUUUUAAUAAUUUGACCCAAUCAAAUUGCUGGAUUGGCGGGGAGUGAAAAUCAAACUUCUGCAGAUUGCCCCUACUCCAUGUGGAGACAUAAAGAGAAUGGCACCUUCCGGUGAGAUACUUAUAACAAGUGAGUCUACAGGACAGCUAUGGAACACGUGUAUUUGGGAUCCAUAUUCAGGUACAACUAUUGCGACAUUUAAAGGUGGUUCUAGUGCCCCUAGGUCCCUUGCACUACUUGGUGGGCAGUAUGUGAUUGCAGCAAUAGCCAACAAGCCUUUGAUUCAUAUGUGGCCGCUUCAAAAAAUGGAUCAACAUGAUGUGAAGAUGAUAGCCCCUGGAAAGAUUUCAACCCUAUGUGUGUCACCUGAUGGAAAAUAUUGUGUUGCUGCAGUUACAGAGAAAAUAUACAUUUGGGAGGUCUGUUCAGGUAACCUUCUGAUUAGCAUAUCCAGACACUACCAGGCAGUGACAUGCCUCAAGUUCACAAAUGAUGGCAGUCAUUUCAUAUCAGCAGGAGAUGACAACCUUGUACUAGUGUGGUCGCUUCCUGAUGUUUUAAAUCAGCAGUCUAAUGGUCAGUCUGUUGAGCCAAAGCAUGUUUGGAUGAAGCACAGUCUACCUGUGACAGAUGUAUGUGUUGGAUGUGGGGGUCCACAAACAAGGGUGGCCACUGUCUCGUUAGAUCACACCUGUAAGCUAUGGGACAUCAUAUCAGGAGAGAUGUUGUUUAACAUCACAUUUGACACUUCCUUGACUUCUGUUGUCCUGGAUUCUGCAGAAAGUACCCUUUUUGUCGGUUGUAGCAAUGGACACAUUUAUCAAGUCAGUUUAUUUGAAAAGCCAGUUCACUUUAAAAGGCACAACCAAAGCGAUGGUGACUACAUCAGUUUCAAUAGACACAGUAAAGAAGUAUCAUGCCUUGAUAUCUCCCUAGAUGGCAGUCUGCUGGUAUCAGGUUCACAAGAUGGGAAUGUCAAGAUUUGGGAUAUAUCAAGCAAGCAAUGCAUCAGAACCAUACCACAUAAAGGACCAAUUGUGAAUGCACUGAUAGUACCUACACCUGGCGCCUUACUUGGGGAUGCUAAGCCCAACCUACCUGUGCAGCCCUUUAAAAGACAGCUCUUUAUUCCUGAACCCAGCAUUAGACACACUAUACCAGUCAGAAUACAGGGGAACAUAGAGGACUCCCAGUGCAAUGAUGAUGACACAUCAUUAAUAGAAGAGUAUAUGGUGGCAAUGAAUGACAAGGAUGAUGUAUCUACUGAGAGAGGGAAAACAACAAAUGGAAGUGAAAUCAUAGAACUCAGAAAAGAACUUGAAAGAAUUAAAAAGAUAAAUGCUGAACUUUAUAAGUUUUCUGUUGCGGAAAUACUAAAUAAUCAAAAUGGCACAGGAUAGCAAAUAAUGAAGGUUCAAGGAACUCUUGGUAGUGUUGAAAACAAAACAUUUUCUGGCUUAUCAUCAGUGGCUUGGUUGUACACCUUGUCCCAUGAUUCUAUUCUUCAAAUAUGCAUAAAAGUGGAUUCAAAGGCCGCUACAGCCUCUAACACAGGGCUACAGAACUUGUUUCACUUAAGAGGAUUAAUUCUAGAUCUUGGAGUGCAGUGGUCAGAGGAUGUAAUGCACCAUUCAAAAGUUCGCUUGAGACCUCCUCCCCAUGCGGGCCAAAUAAAUGUGUCAAUUUC